AUGGCCGCGCUCUGCAGAAAAGUGAAGUAUUUGAACCUGAAAGGAAGCUUUGUAGAUGAACACACUAUUAGAGGAGUCUCUGCAUCUGGUAAGGAGACUGUCCUUACAGCUGAGAAUAUCGUGAUUGCAACAGGAGGACGGCCAAGGUACCCAACAAAUGUUCCAGGGGCAUUAGAACAUGGAAUUUCAAGUGAUGACAUUUUCUGGCUGAAAGAAUCACCUGGAAAAACGUUAGUCGUUGGUGCUAGCUAUGUUGCCCUGGAGUGUGCUGGCUUUCUAACAGGCAUCGGCUUGGACACCUCCAUUAUGGUGCGCAGUAUUCCCCUUCGAGGGUUCGACCAGCAAAUGGCCCACCUGGUGACUGAUUACAUGGAGUCCUAUGGUACCAAGUUCAUCUGGAAGUGUGUUCCCAAGAAAGUGGAGAAGCUGCAGACAGGAGGCCUCCGGGUGACAUGGAUGGAUCUGGACACCGGCAGGGAAGAUGGGGACACCUUUGACACCAUGCUGUGGGCUAUAGGAAGAGCUCCUGAAACUAAAGCUCUCGGGCUGGAAAAAAUCGGCGUGGUGGUCAACCGAGAAUCUGGGAAAGUUAUUGUAUCUGCCAACGAUGCAACAUCCGUGCCUCAUAUCUACGCCCUUGGGGAUGCCAGCGAGGACCGGCCCGAACUCACCCCCACAGCCAUUAAGGCAGGGAAACUGCUGGCCAGGAGGCUCUUUGACAAGGCGAGCGAGCUGAUGAACUAUGACAAUGUCCCUACCACUGUGUUCACUCCUUUGGAAUACGGCUGUGUUGGACUGUCAGAGGAAGAGGCAGUCAGACGUCAUGGAGAAGAUAACAUAGAGGUAUUCCAUGCCUUUUACAAACCUUUGGAGUUCACAGUGGCAGGGAGAGAUUCCAGUCAGUGCUACAUCAAGGUGGUAUGCUUGCAAGAUGGUGACCAGAGAAUAUUGGGGCUUCACUUCACUGGACCUAGUGCUGGAGAGGUCACACAGGGCUUUGCUCUGGGAAUACAGUGUGGUGCCACCUACUCUCAUCUGAUGGCAACGGUGGGCAUCCACCCCACCUGCGCUGAGGAGAUCACCAAACUGCACAUCACCAAGCGCUCGGGGCUUGAUGCCACAGUCACAGGUUGUUGAGGGUAAGACCACCCCUGAACCACAGAGCACACAAGAAUCCUCUCGCAAGAAAGAGAGGGGAGGUUAGAGUAAGCGUGGUAGAUGCUUUCCUUGCUGUUUGCUUCUUUUUUUUUUCUGUGCAGUUAAUGGAGAGAUGAAGAUAUUUAUUGCACAUUUGCCUAGGGGUUUUUCUUUUACAUUACAGAUGAUUGUAGAUAAUUGGGUCAAACCCCAAUGCCAAGAAAAUUUAGAACAUGAAAUGUCAGAGCUCAAUGAAUGUAAUGCGCUUUGUCAUCACAAGCUAGGAUUUAGUGGAAAAGAGUCCCUCUGGGACUGGAGAGCUACAGUCAGUGUCAUAGGUGACUUGAUCUCUGCAGUAGCUGCAGCUCUGCAGACAGAAGAAGCAGUGCUGAGAAUUGCACCACCAGAAAAAACGAGGGAAUCUGAUUUUAAACCUGUAAAUUGUGUAAUAGCCCAGCGUUAAUACGGCUUAGUAAAAGUGUAAGACAGAUCCACUUUACAUUUUGGAAUUUUUUUCUGUAUUUCCUGUCUUGGGAAGUGAUACUCAGUGUUUGUGUCAAGAUGGUAUGAGACAGUCACUGAAAAUGGAGUAAAGGGUGCCGUCUCUGCUAAAUUAGCCUCUUGUCAAUCUACACAUUGGUUUCUCAAAGAUUAAAGUAUUUUAGUUAUUAAUUUUCCUGUUCAUUUUCAUAAACCUCAUAUGUUCAGUAAUACAAUGACAUGAUUAUUUUUCAGUAGUAAUCUUUGAGUGGUAUUCACUGUCCCAACCACCACUCACAUAUACAAUAUACGCAUUUGUUUUUGGAAAAAUAAUUAAAUGGUCAAUGUGGAAUGUUGCCUGUCAACUUGCCAGCAGAUGGUGCCAUUGUCUCUUGUUUUCACCCGGGUUGCUGGGCGAAGUGUGUUGAGCAAGGAGCUGUCUGUAUUUCCACACCGUAUGUCUAAAUACACAGGUAUGAAAGUGGUCAGCUCUCUCCUAGCUUUUUGCUUCCUCCCGUGUUGAGAAUAAAUACAUUUUAACACUCGUUUUGGAGUGAUUUUAAACUCCAAAUGUAUUUUUAUUCCUGAUGUAGGGAUUUAUUCCAAGCCUUAUAUUUCAUGUAGUCGCUAGAUAUGCGGGAAACAUCCAUUUACAUCUUCAUAGAGCCUCAGGUACAUACAUGUAUAUCAUAGUCUUAUUUCGAGAAAGAGAGUUCUAUCACGUGCAGUAGAAAGCUUUUUGAGGCGGUGUCUUACUCUGCUUUAAAGACGUUACACAACACAGCCGCAACGUUAUAAACUGUGUCUAGCGGGUGUGGUGUGGUUUCAUUUUGUGUCUGAGGUUUCAACGUAAGAUGCACUGAAUCACAUCCAGAGCUCCUUAAACCGUCCUGGCGUAAGCCUUCACCACAGCUAUAACGCUUAGAAAUUUGGAAGAAAGUUAGAAGUGGAAAUGUGGCUGAGGGGGCAGCAGACAAAUACGUUUAUUUUGGUUCGAACUCUAAUCUGAGCCUGCCGAUUAAUUAUCCUGACAGGCAAGAUGACAAGAGCUUCGGAGAGCUUGCUACCACGUUUAUUUGUACCUUUGUCUGGAGUAAGACAUUGAUUCCCCUCCGUGGCCUGUGCGGAGAUUCCUGUGUGCUCUGUUCAGGGGCGGUGUGAUGAUGGAAGCACCCUGACCUUCUGGACUGGUUUAACAGCUCGUUUUUUAGGCGGGGGGGGAGAUCACUGCAGGGCUGGGGCCAAGAAAUCUUCAGUCAGUGGGCUUUAAGGAUAGGGCAGGCAUUGAGAUAGACGUCUGGUUACUCUUCGUUACCUGACCUAAAACCCUCGAUUUAAUCAGGUACAACACUGGUGCAGGCAAUGUAAUGGAGAGUCAAAAUUUAUUCCGAAGAUGAUUGGCUGAGGUCAUUAACUAUAUACCUUCUCUGCCUUUAUCUCGACAGUUUAUCAGUAUUGGGGACACUUUAACCAGGCUGACUCUGUAACAAAGUCUAAAUCUGCAGUUUCGAUUUGUUUUGACUUUUUUCAGAUCAAUGGAUUUGUGUUAUUUUUCUGACUACUGAAAAUGUAGUGUAAAAUGUAACAUAUUAUGAAGAGAGUGUAACAUGCCUUUGUUCUGCCCGUACCAGUGGUGUUGCCUUAAAGCCCUCUUUAGUUUCACUUGUUUAAAUAAGGAAGUGGCUACCCCAGCCCUACAGCGACAUGGCUGAGAGAGCUGUUGGGGCCAGGGUUUGUGGACAGGGUGCCAGCCCAUGAUGACUCGUCCUACAACCCGAACUGGGCAGGAGAGGUCUGAUGACAACUGGCACCCAGCCUCAUUACAGCUGAAGCAGAAAACCAGUCUGAUUCUGGCACGAUGUUUGUUCUUUUCCAGAUUUAUUCUGUUUUUGAUGUUUGAUGUAUAGAAAGACAUAUUCCCAAAUGAAAUAAAAACUGCCCGUCGUGGGGCUGUGUUCACUCUGAAA